GCAUGCGCAGGAUUGCCAGGGGGAGAGGAGGGAGGUGCGCUUGACAGCCGGAAGAGCCCCUUCCCCAGAGGGAGUCAUCCCGGAACAGCCGCCCAGCCGAGAGGGCCUCUGGCCGACUGACUGACACCUCCGCCUGAGCCUGACAGCCCCGCCGUGGCCGCCACCCUGGCCGGAGCCAGCGCCCGAGGGGGAGGCGGCUGGGCCGACCCCGAGCCCGACCCCUCCUCGCUGGCGUCGGCGGCGGAAGCCAUGGAUCGGAAGAGGUGGGAGUGCUCUGCCCUCCCGCAGGGAUGGAAAAGGGAAGAAGUGACGCGGAAAUCGGGGCUCUCCGCUGGCAAGAGCGAUGUCUAUUAUUAUAGCCCGAGUGGGAAGAAGUUCCGCAGCAAGCCCCAACUGGCCCGCUACCUGGGCAGCUCCAUGGACCUCAGCACCUUCGACUUCCGGACGGGCAAGAUGCUCAUGAGCAAAGUCAACAAGAACCGCCAGCGCAUGCGCUACGACUGCGCCAGCCAGGCCAAGGGCAAACCGGACCUCAACACGGCGCUCCCCGUCCGGCAGACGGCUUCUAUCUUCAAACAGCCGGUGACCAAAAUCACCAACCACCCCAGCAACAAAGUGAAGACCGACCCCCAGAAAGCGGUCGACCAGCCCAGACAGCUCUUCUGGGAAAAGAAACUGAGUGGCCUCAACGCGUUCGAUAUCGCGGAGGAGCUGGUCAAAACAAUGGAUCUCCCAAAGGGUCUGCAAGGCGUGGGGCCUGGCUGCACGGACGAGACCCUCCUCUCGGCCAUAGCCAGCGCCCUCCACACCAGCACCAUGCCCAUCACCGGUCAGCUGUCGGCCGCCGUGGAGAAGAACCCCGGCGUCUGGCUGAACACCUCCCAGCCCCUCUGCAAGGCCUUCAUGGUGACCGACGAAGACAUCAGGAAGCAGGAAGAGCUGGUCCAGCAAGUGCGGAAGCGCCUGGAGGAGGCCCUGAUGGCCGACAUGUUGGCCCACGUGGAGGAGAUCGCGAAGGACGGAGAGGCCCCGCUGGCCAAGGUCGGGGGGCCCGAAGACGGUGAGGAGGACGAGGAGGAGGAAGAGGAAGAAGAGGAAGUGGAGCAUGUCCCAGAAGCGGAGAGCGUAUAGUCCAGAGUUCUUAAGAUGGUGCCCUUCUUUCUGAACCCGUUCUGUCCGCGUCUCGAUCGGCGACCCCUUCUUCCGAUCCCGACCUGCGGACAGGAGAACAACGCCCAACGGGACGCGUUGCAUUUGAGCUCCGCCACCGAACAAAAAUCCCGUCUCCGAAUCCCACACGAGGGUCCGGUUUCGUCUUGUAUGUAUUACUAAGGACUCUUGGAAUUGGGGAAUUGAGUCCUCCCCAGUCCCUGUCUUACUGGGUUUUAGAUACUGGGUUUACUGGGAGGGCGGGUUUUCCUUUUGUGUGUCUUGCCCUGUCGCGAAAACGAUCCGAAACGGACCGCCAGCCCUUCAGAAUUGGACUUGGUUUCGCUCGAAUCGGGGCCAGGAUAUUGGCAAUUUUUGAAUCUUGACGUUGUGGAAAUAUUAAUUCUGGGGAAUUUUUUUAGCAGACCGUCUCAAUGAAUCAUAACGUAAACACAGUUGGUCCAGACUUGUCUCGUCUCCUCCUCCUUUCCUAAAUAAAUUGAGGAGUGUCCAUCACUCAGAUUCGAAUCAGUGGUCACUCCACCUUUUGGAAACGCCGACCGUCCUUUCGCCCGUCUUUUCAAUACGUUCGUCGAUGACAUAUUUGUCUUCAUGUAUGACCCCCACCCUUGGAGGGAAUAUGGGUUUUGUAAUAAAAGUGAGUAAUAAAUCGGAUUUUUUAAUA